AUGUUAGAUCCUGCUGCUGUCCAUGGAAGGAGGCAGCAAACUGCAAACAGAUGUGCCCAGCGAGGGGGCUACAGCAGCAAGCACUGGUAUCGUCUGCACUUUUCAGCUCUGCUGAGACUGGAAGCCUUUCAUACCCUCUCCAUCCAGGUGCUGCUCACCACAGCCCUCUCCUUGGCUGCUGUGGCAGACACAGGUCAGCUGAAAGGAAUGGAGGAAGAGCUGUUGUCCUCUUCUCAGCAAGAAAGACAGAGACCUGAUGCUACCCCUUUCCCACAACUACCCAGCCUGGAGAAGCAGACCUCCAUCCUGAAGUGUGGAGUUUGUCCCAUUGACCUGAGGAGCCCAGAGGAUACUCUGCAGCUGAGAUUAGUUGUUGGAAGAUGGAGCCUGGAGGGCAGCCCUGGGAUGAGGUUAAAGGAUGAAGACUUCUGUGCUGGGACACUGCGUGUGACUAGUGGCUGGGGCAAGGUGUCUGAGGGAGACCAUCCUUACAAGGUGGCAGCACUGGCUCCUGUCCUGCAGGAGGUGGAGCUCCUCAUCGAGAGCCAGACCCGCAGCAUGGUGCUGAGGGCAGGGUGUGGGGCUCUUUGCUGUGCACUGGCUUUGCUGAUGGUGUGCAAGUUUGGACAGGGUGACUCUGGAGGCCCCUUUGUGUGUCUGAUAUCUGGUGCCACUUGAACUCUGACCAGUGUGGUGUCCUGGGGGGUCGGUUGUGCUACAGGUUUGGAUACCCUCAUGAGAAGCACCAUGGCCCAGAGCUCAUCAGGCAUCUUCUCACAGGUGGCUGUUUGUGACUUCAUUGCCCAACACAUGACACAGGCUGCUGUGCCAAGCCCUCUCCCUGCACCAGCAGAGUGUAGUUCCCAAGGCAUCCUGCUCUUUGGAGGAAAUCAUCUCAUUCUGUACCCCCAGGCUCUGGAGCAUAAUGUCCCUCACAACAGCCUGUGCACCUGGAAUAUAACAGUACCAGAGGACAAAAUCAUCUUGAUGUGCUUCACUAAAUUAGAUGGAUACCAACUUGGAUGUGACCCUGACCAUGCAUCUCUCUAUUUGAAUGGAAGAGAACUAAUCAGUAAAUCCUGCGGGGAUGUCUUCCCAGCCCCUCUGCUGGCAGAGUCAGACCAGGCCACGGUUAUAUUUUUUUCUGGUGGGAGCAACACUGGCUGUGGCUGUGGGCUCACCUUCAUGGCCACCCAUAAGGACUCCGAAGCAAGCUCUGGCUGUGGCAGUGUCGCAGUGUUAGUGGAAGAGGGGAAGAUUGAUACUGCUAAUUAGCCUGGCUUGUAUCCCAGGGACAUGAAGUGCCACUGGCUCAUUGAAGGUCCAGCAGAGUAUGUCGUAAAGCUGGAGUUUCAAGACUUUGCCACAGGGCUUAGCCCAGGCUGCAUUUAUGAUGCAGUUACUAUUUAUGGUGAUGAAGAAGAAAACCAGCUGUCUAAUCUCUGUGAAUUCUCAGCUCCCAAGCCGGGGCCAAGUUCAGGGAAUACCAUGCUGGUACAUUUUGAAAGUGAUGGGGAGAACAGCUUCAGAGGGUUUAGAGCCCAGCUCACUUUGGUUCAUUCAGAGGAGGCAGGAAGAAAAGAUUUUGCAUUAACUGCACCAAUGUUGCCUUUGAAGGAUGUUCCCUUAGACACCUGUGGUUUUUCCCCAGUUACUCCCCAGUGGCUGUUCAAGCAUGUUAGUGGGGCUGAGGAGGCCUGUCCUCACUGUUGGCCAUGGCACACCUCCCUGAAGCUCCUUGGAAACUCCCAGUGCAGUGGGACUGUCAUCAGCCCUACAUGGCUGCUGACAGCCGCCCACUGUGUGUAGCUAUCCAAUAAACCCUUGCACUGGACUAUGACAGCAAGAGACCAUGAUAGAGCCCUAAGAAGGUCAACACAACAGGUAAAACCCAAGCAUCACAUCAUGGUGUAUCCGCACUCUGGAAUGUUGAGCUAUGUCCUGAUGCAGCUCAACAUCUCUCUGGAGUACAACACUGCUGUCAGGCCAGUGUGCCUGCCCAGCAGCACAGAGACAUUAUCCUUCUCUUCCCUCUAUGCUGUGUCUGGAUGGGCAUCAUCAAAGAAGGUGGGUCUUCUGAUUUUGCACCUGCAGCAGACAUGAGUACCUGUACUUGAGAACGAAAUAUGUGAGAUAAAUUGCUACUUCAGUUACCCUGGAGGGAUCACUGCCAGGAUGUUUUGUACAGGCUUUGUUUCCGUGGGAGGCCAGGACUCUUGUCAGGAUGGUUCUGGUGGCCCCUUGGUUUGCAACCCUGAAAAUGGAUCAUUUAUGCUUUACAGCAUUGUCAGCUGGGCUGUUUGCUGUACCAGCCCAAAGAAACCAAGGUCUUUGGUUUCACGGGUGAGGAUUUUCAUGGACUGGAUAGGACUGCUGAAGAAAAAAUGUGCACCAGAAGUGGAGUUAGAAGCCUGGGGAUUUAUAUCUGCUCCUUCUUCAUCACGUUAUGUGGGAAGCACAGAGUGCUCUUGGAUACUCCGACUCUCUCUGAAGGGCAUGGCAAAGAUUAUAUUAUAUAAUCUGUCAAUAACAUCAUCACUGAACCGCCAAGAGGAGUUUCUUGGGAUUUAUGAAGAGAAUCAGAGAGCAAGAAAAGCGCAAGAUGUUAUACAGAAGAACUUCUUGGUAGAUACUCACACUUAUUUACUGGUAGACAAUGUGGUGGAGAAAUACACUAGUAACUUGUAUGACUGUGGCCUACAUUUCUCAAAUGGUGUUUUUACGGGGAUACUGUGCUUGGAUUUGCUUCUAUCUGUUCUGUGCAGUACUGUGCAGUCUCCUGUGGUUCUCCCAAAUCCCAGACCUGGGAUGAAGAUGGUGCUCUGCUUCAGGAUCCAAGGACAAAAAACUGUCAAUGCUCCAAAAAUGCCCAAGCAGAUGAGCUCGGAGUUGUCACAAGGCAUAGAUGUACUCACAGAUUGGGAAGGAAUGAUUCAGCCAUUGGGAUACCACGUGAGAUACACAAAUGCCACCAGCUGCCACAGGAGAAUUGUAGCCCCAUUAAAAUCCAUUAUUCGCCUUGAAGUCCUGGACUUCUGGACUGAAAGAAAUCUGUCUAAUUGUCACGGCCAACUGGUGGUGUGUGAAGGAUUUGGACUAACGAAAGAGUUACUCGGCAACUUCAGUGGUGACACUUCUAUCUAUCCCAUAAAAUCUUGAGGUUCAGUAGUGACAGCGACUUUCCCUUCCAGGACUUCAGCAGCCAUGAAAGGCUUUCUCUCAACUUCCUCUACUCAGGAAACACCAUCGGAUAAGUCUAUUAUGAUUUUCAGCUUCCUGACCCUGCAUUUCAAAACUGAUGAAACUGUAGGAUACAGGGGCCUCAAAAUCCUUCUUGUAGAGUUGUAUGAGCAGCCAACACAAAGUGAACUGGAAGGCAGCAGCCAGUAUUCAUCUUCUAUUUUACUAGUUUCUGAGGAAACUAAAUACUCUUCCCUUCCAGUUUCAUUCCUUUCCUUUCUUGUGCUGACAUCUCUUGUGAUCAUGGAGAUCUCUCUCCUUUCCCAUGAGGCCUGUGCUAUGGGAGACUCCUGGGGACAAAAUAUUGAAGAGAUUAACAUCUGUGAGAGAGCUACAGGGGGAGAUUCUGGGUGGCCACAGAUCUGUUUGUUUGACAGACACAACAAGCUGGUCAGUAUUGCAAUCUGAGGCAGUGACAAGUGUCAUCCAGGGUCCCUGACAGUCUGCACCAGGGUUUCUGCCUUCAGACACUGGAUUUCACCAGUCACAGAACAAAAUAUUUGA